CAGGAGGAUGAAAAUGCUCCGGUUUCGCAGCCCCAGCAUCCGCUCUUUGGACCAGGAGAUCCUGUGCACGAUCCGGCUACUGGACGACUCCGAGAUCUCCUGCAGAAUCCAGAGAGACACCAAAGGCCAGUUCCUGUUGGAUCAUGUCUGCAACCACUACAACCUGCUAGAGAAAGACUACUUCGGUAUUCGAUAUGUGGACCCUGAGAAACAGAGGCACUGGUUGGAGCCUAAUAAGCCUGUGGUGAGACAAAUGAAGUCAGCCCAGCAGCCAUACACCAUGUGCUUCAGGGUCAAGUUUUAUCCCCACGAGCCGAUGAAAAUCAAGGAGGAGCUCACGAGGUAUCUCCUGUACCUCCAGCUGAAGAGAGACAUCUACCACGGGCGUCUUCUCUGUCCUUUUGCAGAGGCUGCAUAUCUGGGAGCGUGCAUCGUACAAGCGGAGCUCGGGGAUUACGACCCAGAGGAGCACCCAUCAGACUACAUCAGAGACUUCAAGCUGUUCCCCAAACAAUCCCUCAAACUGGAGAGGAAGAUAAUAGAGAUACACAAGAAUGAGCUCAGGGGUCAGUGUUCUGCCUUGGCAGAGUUGAACAUGCUCCAAAGAGCUCACAGUCUGGAAACGUAUGGAGUGGACCCUCACCCCUGCAAGGAUUUCACAGGCUCCACAGCCUUCCUCGGGUUCACAGCCACAGGCUUCGUGGUCUUCCAGGGAAACAAGAGAAUCCACCUCCUCAAAUGGAAUGAUGUGAGCAAGCUGAAGUUUGAAGGGAAAACGUUUUACGUCAUCGGGAUCCAGAAAGAGAUCUCCUUAACAGGCAGGAUUCACUGUAACAGGAUGUCAUCAAUGAAGAAGCUGGUGUUGACAUUUCACACCUCAACCCCUGCAGCGUGUAAGCACUUAUGGAAGUGCGGGGUGGAGAACCAGGCCUUUUACAAGUGUGCGAAAUCAAGUCAGAUAAAGACAGUUUCAAGCAGCAACAUCUUCUUCAAAGGCAGCAGGUUCAGAUACAGUGGACGAGUAGCCAAGGAGGUGAUAGAAGCCAGCUCGAAGAUUCAGAGAGAGCCACCAGAGGUUCGCAGAGCCCAGUUUGGUCAGAGUCGGAGCUUUAACUCUCUGAGCCAUAAAAACCUCAUCAUGAACAUGGAGCCACUGGUACCCGCUCUGCCCUCCACCAACGAGUACGAGGAGACGGCCACAGACAACGGUGUGGUUGCUGUGAAGGACUCUGCUCCUUUGUCUCCUCUCAAACCUUCAGCUGCUCCCACAGACACAGAGCAACAAAACACUGAAAGGGGAAACUCUGCAUCAGGCAAUGACCUCCAGCCCUCCCGUGUUUCUAUGGAAACCUCAAAUUUACGACCUCAGACGCCCAAAGCUGAAGAUGACACAGAUGAAGACAAGGAUGGUGGUGGCCCACUUACCAUUUCUGAGCUGGUUUACAACCCCUGUGCCAGCAUGCUGCCCACCCCGGUGGAGGACAGUCAGGGAGGAGUGGACCUCCUCUUCUCCUCUCCGGUGCAGAGCCCCGCCCGGCUGCUAAGGGAGCUCCACGCCGACCCCGACAUUCAGGCAAAGCUGGAGGCAGAGCGGGAGAGAGACCGGGCCUACGAGCGCACCCGACAGGUGGCGAGAAGCAGGAUGAGCGGCGUCCUGAGCAGCAGCCUGCGCUUGCUGUCAUCUAAUGAGAGAGUCAACUCAUGCGUGCUGGGCGUGGCCCGUUUUGUUGCCGUGGUAAUGGGAGUUCUGCUCGUCACUGUGCCCACACUGCUGCUACUGCUGGAGUCGGACAUUGACGUGUCGUUCCUCCACGAGAUCCGCCAGACGCCAGAGUUUGAGCAGUUUCACUACGAGUAUUACUGCCCACUGCGGCGCUGGAUCCUGUGCAGGAUCAACAUGGCCAUGGAGCACCUGUGGUCAGACUGAAGAGAGAGAAGUCACAGCAGGGGAAACAAGGACAGCCAAAUGUUUGUCUCAACA